AUGCUGCCCAGCUUGUUGGCUGCCACGAGGGGCUUCGCCCCGCGAAUAAUGGGCACACGGCAGCGAGCCGUUUCCACUUUGUCGAGCAAUCCUUCAAUAAAAGUCUUUGACAACCCAUCAUCCCCUGCGUCGUAUCUUCUCACAUACCUCGACUCGAGCCCGCCGUCGCCGAAACUCGCGAUUGGAACCUCUACCGCAAUUCCCCCCACACCACAGUCGUUUUCGGAAAACCGCCGCUUCAUGGAAAUUCUGAACGAAGUGGUGGCCGAGUACGGCCACCGAGAUGAAGAUGUCAUCAGCCAGGCUCGUGCGUUGGCAAGUCCGGGCGGGUUCAACUUGGGCUCCGGCGGUUCCUUUUUCAAUCGUCAGCGACCUGGUCGAGGAUCCUCGCUCAAACAAGGAGCAGGUGGUGGUGCUGGAGGGUCCGGCGCGGGCGGUGCUAGUGCUCAAGGAGGCGCGGGCGGUGCUAACAAAGGCGGAUGGGUUCAUCUCAGCGACCGCAGGAACCCCCCAGACUUUGGGAGAAUAGCGUGGCCUGAGGAUAUCUUGGCAAGUGUGGAAGUCAACGGGGAGGGUCGAGUUGUUGGCAAGGCCCAGCCUAGCGGGACGUAUCGAGCGGUCACUAAGGAGGGAAUCUUGGGUUUGAGCCCUUUUUUGCGAGACAAACUAGUUGAGCGACUUAAGAGGGAGGAAUCUGCUCGGUAA